GAACUUUACGACUGCUGCGUUACCGCGAUGGAAUUAAUGUGGUGAAGCAGUCAGUUUCAUACGUCUACAUGCAAGGAGAUAAAACUGCUCGAAAUUGUAAAAUGUCACUUGGGUUUACAUAUUUUUAGACGGAAUAUAAAGUAGCCGUAAUCUUAGGCAAUAUAGUGGGUUGACUUAACGAAUAUUUAGUGAGUAACAAUGGGCGGUGUGACUAUAAUUUAUGGACGACCUUUGAGCAACGUUCGAGUGACCUUGGGAGUGUCCACUUGACAACUAUGACUAAAUGAGGGUUAUAAACCAGUGUGCGGAGUUAGAAUUAUGAUUUACAGUUGAUGAUUAGGUUUAUGAAUUGGAUUUAGGGUUUUCAUAAUGAACUGACCUCAGCUAUAAUGCAAAAACUCUAUUUAGCCAAAUAGGUUACUGGAUUUCGCUCUAAAAUCCGGGGCCUGCUAUAAAUUAAAGUCUCACCACGGUUAAUAGGCUAUUUAAUCACCUCGCAAUAGAUUAUCUCAACACCAAGAUGGAUUUUUCGGUGUUUCUAUUUUGUCGAUGUGAAAUUACUUUCUUUGCGACAUUGGUGUCGUAAGCAUAAGGCUCUUAUGCUUGACUGACGGGAGAUAUUUGGUUUUGCCUUUCUUGUUUGCAGACAACACAAAGGUUCGGGUGAUAUUAGAUAGUAAUGCUAGUUAUCUUGGUCUCUAGGCUGAUAUGGAUGAGUAACCCUGUUUUUACUGAGGGGGGUGUUUGGAGAUCAGUCCCAAAUAGGAUGAAGCGCGCGUUUUGUGUUCCACGGUUAGCCGCUGUCCAAGUCUGCUUAUGUUGCUUGUGACUGUAUGGCAAUAGUGGGUAGUUUGCGAAUGAGGCACACAUGCCAAAGGAGAUUGUUUAGUUGCAGUCCUUAUCAUCAGUCGUAGGAUCCAAACAACCAAUACAAAUGAAUUAAAAUUCGCCCCAGUGACUAACCGGACUUAGUAGCUUAGCGGAUAACGCAAUAACAGGCGGUACUAGGUUCAAGUGCUGGAGAUAACAUCAACCCUGUAAUGCAUAUAUAACUAGCUAACGAGUCCUAAAUAGGAUGCAUCGCGCGUCCUGAAUUCCAUUGCCAGACACCAUUUAACUCUGAUGAUAACGUAAGUUACGUAUCAACCAGAUUUAUAAAAUAGGCUCUAAAUUAUACUGUUUAUUUAAAUGCUAUUGAUAUUACCUGACUUCCCGAAAAAAUAAGAUGAACCAAGGUUCUUACCUGCGAUUUUUAUUAUCCAAACAUAUAUCUGCUGCUCAAAGACUGAUGUUGAUACAUUAAUUCAUGCAUACGUAGACUGCUACACAAGUUAGUACUGGGAAUCACGCAUUUAAUUAUCUGUUUUUACAUAUUCAUAUGUUAAAUUCAUUAUAUUUCGCUUCUAUCGCGUUUCCUACCAUCAUCAACUGUGUUGACUUUGUUUACCAAAUAUGAUUUGCCUUUUAUUAAAGGGUCUGUGUAUCCUUGUCAAUCAUUGUCGUCAGUCGUUAAACCUUAUAUUAGUUUAAAUCGUGAAUAGCACUUUUCUGAAACUUCAUAAUGGCGGUCUUGGGUGAAGAGUGGUUUGCUGUUGGAGACAUUUAUUUCAGAAAGCUUCAUCUUUACGAUAUGCCGUGGGGUAUGGGAUUUUCAAUAUCACAAUUCAAGACAUCGAUUUGUCAGUAUUCUGGUUAUAUCGCAAUGUAUUUGGAUGGCCAAGCGGGAGCGAAACCUAUACUUCAAAUAUAUACAUCAUCAGGCAAACUCGUUUCCCAAAGUGUUUGGAAAGAUGCACCUGGUAUAUUGCUUGGUUGGACUUUGUCAGAGGAUUUAUUAGUUAUCCAAAAAACAGGAUUCACUAUCAUAUUAGAUCAUCAGGGCAAGUUUGUUCGACGUUUUAGUAUGGGACCUGAAGCUGAAGAAAGAGAAAUAAUUAGUGCUAAGCUUUUUACCAUUGAUUAUAAUACAGGAAUAGCUGUUCUUACCGGUGGAAACCACAUAUAUGUAACUACCAGUAUCGAAACUCCACGUAUGCGACGCCUUGUAGAAUUACCUGGACCAGUAAAGUCUUUGUCACAUUGGACUAUUGUCACAACACCUCUUGAAACUGGAACACCUGAUUCUUUUCGAAGCCCAUGGGUGAUGUUUUCAAACAAAAAGAAUUUGUACCGAGCUGACUUUGGAACAGUUGAAGGUGUAAGUACUUCCAAGCUUUGAAUUGUCUCAAACCUCGCAGUGAAUCAGAAAGGGAGCUAUUAGUUGUGAUGCGUAGGAUUACAAAAAUAGAAAUUAUUAAAUUAUUUUAUUACUCCCAUGCACGAUGCAGGAUUUCAAUGAAUACAUAUUUGUUUAAACAUAGUCUGAACCUGUGUUUCCUUCAAAUUUAUCGACCAUCGUUUGAUAUUCAUUACUUUCCUAAUCCCUGUGUGUAAUAUUAGUCUUAUCUGUUAUUUCUGCACCAGUCAAUAUCAGUCACAUUCAAUAAAGCGAUUAUCAUUACUACUUUACUCAGGAAUCUGCUUGGUACUUGCUUCUUUUUGGAGUUUACUCUCAUCAGAAUGUCAACUUAUUUUACAAUAAAUGCUCCUUUUCCUUAUAUUAUAGAUGUGAAUAUUAAACUUUGUGACCUUAGUUUACCGUCAAUAACUUCGUCUAGCAUGACUUCAAGAUACUCGUCGGUCUAUAUUCUGGAAUGCUAUGCUUCUCAAGUGCACACUGUCCACUAUUAUUUAAUAAAACUAAAUUAGUUUCUCAUUCACCAACCAUUUUCCCCACUUGUGUUUUUUAUCACUUAACGUAGUUUCUAUCGAUAAGUAAAUUAAAAUCAGUUGUUUUAUUUUUAUCAAACUCCUAAAUCAUUUAAAUAUAAGUCCCCCUUGUACGAUAGAGAUGGAUUUUAGCAGCCUGAAUAAUUAGAAGUUAAUGUCGGUUGCUGACAAAAUAGUAUCUAUUUUAAAAAAAAACACAACUGUUUUCUACGUCAUCUGUUGCUGCGUGUACCCACUAAACAGUCAGUUAAUCAUAAUAAACGUAGAGCCUGGCACAAAUAUACAGUAAUCUAAGACGCUCUAUCACGUUGAGGCAGCGAGAUGAAGGCAACAAGACGAAUUGUGAAAGGCAUAAUGAAGGAUAUGAAUCGAAAGAAGACAAAAGGAGGAGUAAUGAUGAACGGAUUAUGGAGCUUAAGAUCUAGAAAGUUAGAGGAAAUUCAUCUGCGCCAUUGUCAUUGUUUCUAAGCGAUGUCAUCCAAUGUGCCCAGCAACUGAUCGUAGUUGUUGUGCAUAGCCCAGUCAGGCAGUCUGCAUCUACCAGCAUGGUUCAGAUCAGUAGCCAGUGUCCUCGUGAACUGAUGCCAAGCCUUAGUUUGACCACCCUUACUUUUUUUCCAACUUACAUCUACACCAGCUAAUAUCACGCGUCGAGGUAAGCCAUGGCUAGACAUGUGCAACACGUUCCAAUCACCUCAGAUGAUGGGAAUUCAACAUACUAAACAAUGUUUUAUUCAUGAGGUUUUCCUCAAAUAUAUAUAUAUUUUUCUCUACUAUCCAGAUUGAUUUGUCAAAGCUUACUAGGUCAACUGGUUCUGAUAUUUACUUAUUGUCUAUAUCUUUGAAUAUGCAAUUUGUUGCAAUUUAUUUAACCAAUGGUGAAUUGUUAAUUACCAAUACACGAUUUACUGAAUUACAUUCACAUAUUGACUUGACCCAACGUAUAUCAGUUAUGUUGGUGAAUAAUAAUAAUUCAGCUAAUCAAAAAUUCAAUCAUCCUAAAACGAUGCUUUGGUUAACUAAUUCAGCUGUUGUGCUUCAAUGGAAUAAUUUAAUUGCUAUUAUAAGUACACAGUCAGAUAUUUAUGAAACAUUUUAUGCUGAUGAUAUAUUCUUAGCACAAGAGAUUGAUGGAAUUCGCAUUCUAUCACCUACAUCACACGAAUUAUUACAACGUGUACCAUCCCCAUUAGAAUCACUUGGACGUAUUGGAGCAUCGUGUCCAGCCACAUGGUUAUUGUCUGCAAGUAAGAGUUUAAAAAUCAAUUGUGGACGUACUAAUGAUUAUUUAUUGCCUAUUAAACAACCUAAUCAAAUGAUUGAUGCAAUAUCACAUUGUAUUGAAGCAGCAUGUCAUGCAACUGUUGAUCCUAUUUGUCAACAAGAACUACUGGAAUCUGCUCAUUUAGGUCGAGGAUUAUUAUCAGCUAUGAUGAAUACUACUCCUAAUGCUACUAUUUCUUCUACCACUGUUACUAACAAUAACAAUACAGUUCAUUAUUCAGUUGAGGCUAAAUUGAAAGAACUGUAUGGAUUAUCAUUAGUCGUACAAUUUGAUUUCCACCUUGUUGUUCGGUCAUUCUGCUGAAGUGUAACAUCGAUUGUAUGGCACGUAACACAGCCACUUUCGUUGGUACAGGUUCACAACGUCAUAAACAGACUUACCAUCAUCAGUUAUACUUGACACCUCAUCACAACAUUUCGCACUUGGUUGCUCCAUAUCAUUUAGUCAGUGGUAGAAAGACAUAUGAUCAAAUACAUGACUUAAAUCAAUCUUCUCAUUCUUAGUGGUCAAGUUCCAACCUAGAGUACCCCACCGAAAACUGUUGUGGAUUAUAUUUUCCUUCUGAUUGGCGGUAGGAUAUAUUCCCGACACUGUUGAAGCUGUAAGUUCGUAAAUGACUUAUUCUAAUCUAUUAAGUUAUCCAUGACUCAUUCAAUAGUUUUAUUUUACUCCUAAGCCUUAACUGUGUCUAGCUAAUGUGGUUCGACAGCAUAUUAAUAAUGUAUUCCAAUACUUUAAGUUUGCUAAUUUUACAUAAAAAUUAAGUAGUUACUUUUCGGUUCCUUUUGCAUCAUAAUUUUAUUGUUUCUUAUAGCGCGGAUCAUGCUGCAAAGGUUUGUCAAACUUUGCGUUUGUUAAAUAGCUUAGCUGUUCCAUGGUUAGGUAUUGCACUAACGUGGCGUCAGUUUCGUGAAUUAGGACCAAACAAAUUGUUUGAACGUUUAUUGAUGCGCCGUCAUUACCCAAUGGCGAUUGAACUUGUUCGAAUCCAUCAAAAACAUAAAUGGCCAAUAAGCAUUCUAGAAGAAAGUCAAAGCAAUUAUGGGACAUGCACAUUUACUCGUUUACUUGCUCAUUGGGCAUGCAAUAGUUCUAUAACAUCUUCAGGAGCAGCUACAUUGAUAUCAGAACGGGUAGCAGCUAUUGUGGAUAAAUUAUUCAACAAUUCAUCAGAGAGCAAAUCUAAGUCUAGUAAUCAUCAUGCCAACUAUUACAGUACCUCUAUUCCUCAUUUGGACUUCGCUGAUGUAGCUAGUCAAGUUAUUUCAGCUGGUCGAGAAACAGUUGCGGAGCAAAUAUUAGAAUAUGAGCCACGCGCUUGGCGUCAGGUACCAUUACUUUUAAAAUUAUCUCGUUAUAAUCGUGCAUUAGUUCGAGCAGUAGAGACUGGAAAUCCUGAACUAAUUACGACAGUUGUGGUAGCAUUGCAAGAGCAAAGUAAAUUACCACCGGCAGAUCUUGCAAUGGUACUUCGUCGGCAUCCAAUAGCUCUGGCCAUAUAUCAAGAGACAUUAGAACAAGCUGAUCAUUCUAAAUCUGGUUCUGAAAAUUCAACAAAAGCUGCUCUUUUAAAUUUUGAUCAUGAAAAUGAUCAUGCUUCAGAAGCUAAAAAAAUUGUUCUCUCAGCCUAUCAAGAAAAUGUAAGUUGUUCUCUUCUUUUAUUUUCUACUUUUCACUCAUUUUAAAAUAUUUGGUUUCCGUGAAGUUAAGUAAUCCUUUUUCCAAGUCUCAGACUUCUAUGUAUGGUUGGAACCACUUAAGCUACUUCUGUUAACCUUCAUCACAGGCAAUACAGACUGACUCCAAAGAGUGCCUUUAUUUGGUGAUCUAAGAAGAGUUUUUAGUUCCGUCUUGGUUAUUUUGACGUACAAUAGGUUAUCAUUUCAGUUCAUUAACAAAAGUUGUAUCCAUUAGUGAUAUUCACUAUCAUCUCAACUUUAUGACCAAUGCUGUUUUAAAGAACAAUUCAAUUAUCGAUGGUUGAGAUUGAAAGUAAGCUAAUGAAUUCCAGUCUAUCAAACUUUGAAUACACCAAUUUCUACGUUUAUUUUAAUAAAGGUGUUUGAGUAUCCCUUGUUAGAGUGAUAGUUUAAUAGUUUAAGCAUUCAUUUUCCAAGCAGUAGGUUGGAAACUUGUAAUCCAUUUAGCAUAUUUUGAUUUGGCCAUUCGAGCAGUAUUAUCAGCUUUCACAUUUAAAGUGUGCCUCAAAAGUCAUGUACUAUUCUUAAUAAGUCAGUCUCAUGUAACAUUGCUUACUUACGCCUGUUACUUCCAAUAAAGCAUAGGCCGCCGACCAGCAUUACUUUGAUAAAAUAAUAAUGGUAGUAAUAAUAAUCAUUAUAAUAUAAUUGCUACAGUUUGUAUACUCUUAAAUCUUAUGAUCGAACAAUUGAUUUUAAUUAAUUGUAGAGUUUAGCUUCACGAUUGACAUUAUUACAAAAUGCUGAAGAGAUUUAUCGUCAAUCAAAGAAUGAUUUUAUGGCUCAGCAAUGUAACGCACAAGUUCGUCUAUUGAAAUUUCAAAGUAAACUUGAGAAACAAGAAAUAUCUGCUCCUGUCUUCGAAAUUAAAUCCAUACCCGGCUCUAAUCGUAUAUUACCCGAGGUAGUACAGUCUGGUAGUAUAAAUGAGAAGCUUUGGGUUGGUCAGUCGCUAAACACAACACUCAGUCGUUUGUUAGCUUCCGGGCAAUCCGAACGUCAAGCAGAUCAAUUACGCAGAGAAUUUAGAGUUUCAGAAAAACGUUUCGCUUUUCUUCGUGUUGUUGGUAUGGCAAUCAAUAAUGCAUCUUGGUUAGAAAUGGAUAAAAUGAUUCGAGCAAAAAAACCACCGGUUAAUGUUGAGAUAUUAAUCAAAAUUUGUAUCGACGGCAAUCGUAUAGACGAAGCGAUAAAACUAAUUUCUAAACUUCCACCUGAACGAACAGUCCGUUUCUGGGUAAUGACUGGGAGAAUCGAAGAAGCCAUUCAAGUAGCGGUUCGCGAGAAAUCAGAAUAUGAUUUAUUGUAUAUUCAGCGUGAAGUUGGAAAAACCAACAAAGAAUUAUAUGAUCGGAUUACUAAUCUACGAGCACAAAUUCAGUGAUGAUUUAUAUUUUAACACAUAAAUAACUGGAAUUUCUCUGAAACGAUGUUAGUUUUAUCUACGUCUAAUCUUUGUUUUUUUUGAAAGAACAAACCUAUCUAUUUUUUAUCCUUUAUGAUUUACUUCAUCAAACUUGUAAAUACCGACUUGUGAUCGAUUGAUUUUUUCUAUUGAACUUCUUUCUUCUAUUGUACACACUGAUUGUGCCAUUUUUUUGCUUAAUAGUAAAACCUCUCAUAAUCCUUAUCUGAACAUUUGAUUUUGUAAACAAAAUACUACUGUUACAACAAAAUUAUUUCCAGUUAUUAUUUAGUUACACUUGUAGGAGGGGAGACAAUAGAGGUAUUUAUCUGGUUAAUCG